UACUUUUUUAAUGAAUUUUUUAUAAUAUAUUUUUAAAAAUCUUUUCUUCAUCCCUUGACCACGUUGAGCUCUUUGCAGGCUCAGUGUUUCCAUCAGACAUUAACACACCAACUUACUUUUUGAUGAUCUUUGUGAUGUGGCUGUGAUGUUUGGGAAGGUGCAGUAAUAAAUGGAAGUCAUUAUUGGUAAUGGAGAUUAGCCCUGCACUGGAUUGAGGAGCUUCUCCUUUAUCUCUGCUCCGUCACCGUGCUGGAGCUCUGAACCAUAUUUACAGCUCGUUUUUACACUGGCACCUCCAUAAUGAAUCCAGUAAAUGGAGGUGAUGCAUACUGUUCCGAGUGAUCCAUCUCAUUAGAUACGAGUGCAGGAAUGGCAUAAUUACACAGGGCAGCCACUGCCCCGCCCGUACUGACACCGGGCCAGCUAUUGACCAUUACGUCUGGAGCAGUGAAGCAAGCAUAAAGAGCAGCUCACGGAUAAAAAAUGUACGUAAAAAGCACCUGGUUAACUUUUAUAGCUCCUUCACGGCGGCAGGAGUGAUCAUCAUUUGAGCUAUAAAGAAACUUUCAGAGUCUCUGGGUCACUGGAAAGUUCAGCAUGGGCCGACAAACACAGAUACUGAGCUCUGACACUAUCAUGUGCCUCCUGCAGGGAAGCUCUCGGGUUCCCCAGACAGAAAACCUCUCAUUGGCCCGAGGACUGUGGACAUGGUCCUAAGAUUCUGCUCCUCAGAGACGUGUCUCACUCUCUGAUUAAACAUCAGCACUACUGACGUUCAGCUCCUGGUUUCUUCUCCUGUGUCCCCGAGAAACCCACGAUGCACACUCAGUAGUAAACUGAACAAGGCUGAUGAAAAAAACUGAAGGUCAGAAGAAACUGAAGACCAGCAAAAAAACUGAAGGCCAGGAAAAAUAAUGGAAACUUGAAAGAAAGAAAGAAGUGUAUAAUAAAGAACAAAAAGCAAAUGCCUGAAAAUAAAUAGAAAACUGAGAAAAAACACGGAGAAGACAGACAGACAGACAGAAAGAAAGAAAGAUAUGGAAGGCUAGAAGAAAGAACAAAAACAAAUAUCUGAAAGAAAGUGAUAGAAAUAGAAAUAAUAAAUAAAUAGAAAAUAAGAAAAAACACUUUUGAGAUCAGAUUAAAGAAAGAAAGAAAGAAAGAAAGAAAAAUGGAAGGCUAGAAUAAAGAACAAAAACCAAUGGCUAUAAGAAACUGACAAAUAAGAAAAAAACAAAUAAUGAAAGAAUGAAAAUAUAAGGCUAGAUGAAGGACAAAAAUAAAAAAAUAUGAACAAUGUACAAUUAAAUGAAAGUAAGAAACAGAAAGGAAGAAAUGGAAGGGCUAAACGUUAAGGGAAAAUGGAAGACUGGAGAAAUAUUAAAAUAAAUAUGUAUGUAAAGCACACUGUCUCUUGAUCUUAUUUGGUACAAAGUGUGUGAUUAGCAAUUAGCUUAUAUUCAUCUUUUUUUAUUCAUUAUAAGGUGUUGGAUAAUUAUGCGUAUAAUUGGAGUGUAAUUAUAACGUGCGAGUUUAAUUGGCUCUGGUGCUGAUGGAGGUCACGCUGCUGUUUUACUCCCCACAUGAUGAGCAGGUUUGUGAGGCUCCACGUUCUCCGUUAUUAAAUAACUCACUGCUAACGUGUUUUCUUCCACCUGUAAAAGGGAAUCGUUAAAUAAUCGUCAGACUGAUGCAUAUUCAUUCCCAGUAUUGAGUGAGUCUCGUAAUCCAUCAUCAUAACCUUUCAUACGGCAGCGAUUCAUCACACGCCGCAUGAAAUCCAAUAUGGAGAUCUCGGUUCUCCAGUGCGAGAUCGAUUUGGAGCUGAAAUAUGACAUUUAUAGUAUUUAAAUAAAUAAUCGUGUAAUGCUGCUUCGGCUUUGUGGGACUUUAACGUUUAUUCACGUACAGAUGUUCAGUAACAGUUGGAGUAUAAAGGUCAGGGGGUGUGGCCUGAGGUGGAGCCAGAGUUGGAGUGAACCAAUCAGAGUCUGAGGAAGGUUUUGUCCAAAAUACGAGAGCUCAUGUCUGAUGACAGUCUGAGUUUUUGGAUAAUCUCGGGAACAGGACACCUAUUGAACAAGCUAGCUCAUGUUACUACAGGUGCUGGAGUACGUUAGCUACAUAACAUAACUAGCUAGCCAGAUAGUAGCUCCAGAAAAGCAGCCAGUAAUUAGAAAUACUAGCUCACGAACAUUUGACACAUGUAAAUGAUUUAAAACUGGUUGCGCAGAAUAGAAUAAGUCAUCUUGUAAAAUGUUGAAAACAUGGAACUCAAAAUCCGCAAUUUGUAACACUCAUAAGUGUGUUACACUUACGAACGCUUUGUAAAAGUGGAAAGUAAAGGUUUCAUCCAUGUUACUCUUCUUCAAGUAGUUCUGACUCACUGAUGUCCUUAUUAAUAUAAACCUGUGAAUGCCAUGCUGUUGUAGAAAAUUAAAUAACACAUAUCAGCAACGCCAAUCAUAUUCGAAAAUUCAGCUGUGCUGUGGUAUAAUCAUAAAUAGGUUGAAAUAAAUAGGUUGAAAAUCCAGAAUAAUCCAGAAAUGUAAAUAAAAAUAAAUAAAUGAAUAGGUUGAAAAUCCAGAAUAAUCCAGAAAUGUAGGUAGUAAAUAGAGUUAGCUGUAUGGAAGAGCAAUCAGUGAAGAACCAAUACACUAUAACAGUAUAACUCGGUUCCACCAGAAGGAAUCUAAUAGCAAGCUAAUAUCUCUAGAAAAAAAGGGAGUAAAUACAGCUAGCUACAGGUGCUGGAGUAUGUUAGCUAAACAGAAAUAGCUAGCUAAUAGCUACAGAAAAGUGGGUAAUAAAUAGAGCUAGCUCAUGUUACCACAGUUGCUGGAGUAAACAUUAUAGCUAGACAGUUAAUAGCUCCAGAAAAACAGGAAGUAAAUAGAGCUAGCUUGUGUUACCACAGGUGCUGGAGUAAACAUAAUAGCUAGCAAGCUAAUAGCCACAGAAAAACAGGAAGUAAAUAGAGCUAGCUUGUGUUACCACAGGUGCUGGAGUAAACAUAAGGGACAUUCUACCAGAAACGUACAUUAUCUGUCCUUGACUUGUUACAGUGAAUAAAAAGUAUUUCAUCCAAAAAAUGUCUAAACUGACUGAUGGUUUUGUGAGUUGUUCUGUAAAGGAAUAUGUCAUUCAAUAGGUUCUGAGAUAUUUUUUUCUUUAUUAAAAACACUUUUGAAAAUUAAAAAUCCUGUCCUUGUCCUUGUCCUCAGCCAAAUUGGACCUACAACUUUCAUAGUUUUGUUAUGCUACAAAUUGUCAUUUAGAAAAAACUCCAUCAAUAACAAGUUUAAGUUGUUAUCAUUCACAUCAAUUGAUUAAAAACAUGAAAUUAUACAUAAAUUCCACAAAUAAAUACUACAACUGUCCCCAUGUUUUCGGUCAGUCCUGUCACUUUUACAUAAAACUCAAGAUAAAAUGUGACAUCAUUUGACCGAGGUGAAGCUGACACUGAUCAAGGGUGAGUUCUGUCAUUGAAUUGUAUGAUUUUAAGCUUGUUUUUGUAUAUUUUCUUUUGAGGAGGAUGAGCUAAAGGGUCAGGCCCUUUCACGGUAAAACAUCCUAGAAAAUAAUGCAAAUGUUUUAAAUCCAAAACAUGUCUAAAAAGGUUACUGAAAUUCCUUGAUUGCAUGUUAACUGUUUUUAUGCUAGCAUGCUAGCAGGCUGAGUAAUGGCAGUUUAAAAUGGCCGACCGUCAGGCCCUGUCACAUCAGGCCCUGUCACAUCCCUGUCACAUCCCUGUGACAACAGUACAGAUACAGCAGGGAAGUGAAGAGGAACAUGGCUGAGAACGAAUGUAUCAUACAUGUGGACUUCUCUGAAAAUUAUAUAUGUAAAUAUGCAUCUGAGAUCCAGGCAGUGCACUUUGGAGCAUCCCAUGAGCAAGCAACUCUGCACACUGGAGUUUUAUAUGUAGGACCAGACGCUGAGCCAGUUUGCUUCAGCACCAUCUCGCCAUCACGACUGAAGGGGCCCCCAGCCAUAUGGGAACAUCUAAGCCCCAUUCUGUCCUAUGUCAAGAACCUCUUCCCUGCUGUCACAGUGGUCCAUUUCCUCAGCGAUGGACCUUGCACGCAGUACCACCAGAAGGGGAACUUCUACCUCUUCACUUCCCUCCUCCACAAAAAGGGAUUCCAAGCUGGGACGUGGAAUUUCUUUGAGGCCAGCCAUGGUAAAGGGGCGACAGAUGGGGUUGGAGGUGUUAUGAACAGGAGUGCGGAUCAGUUGGUGAGCCACGGCUGCGAUAUCCACAAUGCAAUGGGUCUGUUUGAGGCCUUGGUGCACACAGGCACCACUCUUAAACUGUUCUACGUAAGCGAAGAGUCCAUUGACAGGGCAAUGAAGGACAUGCCAUACAGCAUCCCCCAAGUCCCAUCAACAAUGAGAAUACACCAGGUUGUCACUACAUCUCCUGGGCAUAUGUUGUACCGGGACGUGAGCUGCAUGUGCACUGUAGACAAGAUUCUACAGUGCACAUGCUAUAACACAAAGGCAUUCAGCUUCAACACACCAAGCACACCAACGACAGAAGAGAUGACUCUUCAAGAGGGUCCAGAAGUCAUUCAAAAGUGGUGCGUCAUAAAAUAUGACAGAGACAUCUACCCAGGCAUCAUCACCUCCAUUGAUGAGGUUCAGGUGCAAGUGAGAUGCAUGCACCAUGUGGGAGUGAACUGAUUCUUCUGGCCCACCAGAGAAGACAUGAUCUGGUAUAUGUUCGAUGAUUUAAUUUGAAAAUAAUUAGAAAAUAAUUAUCUUGAAUUUCAUGUUAUUGUUCUGGUUAUUACACUCGCGUACACGUAGCACAAGACGGGGUUAUUGUUUUCACUCCUGUCUGUGUUUGUGCCAUUCUAGUUGCUAAUUGUUAUUGUUAAAUUAAUUUUACCAUAUUAAUAGUAUCAUUACAAUUUUGU